UUUGUCUUUGUUAAGGUACACACUAAGUGCAAAAUCAUGUCAUACUUGGCACCAGUCCUUAGAAUUGGAGGGCAAGGAGGAAGUGAAUUUGAUUUUAAUGGUAUUGGAAACGGCGCCACACUGAAAAAGAUCUGGGUUUGGGCCGGCGGCUGGCAGAUAAAAGCCAUCAAGGUUUGGCUAACUGACGGCCAGUCCAGGCAAUUUGGUAACUCUGAUGGGAAGUAUUCAGAAUUUACAUUUGAAGAUGGAGAGUAUUUCACUUCCCUUUCACUUUGGGGAAAUGGAGCUGGAACACGUCUGGGUGCCAUCAAAUUCAAGACGAAUUAUAAAAACACAACACGUGAGUUCUUCGCACACAUGACAGACUGGGGGCUGAAAAAAGAAUAUCCAAUUGAUGUGGGAUCUGGGAUCUGCAUGGGAAUUGCAGGCCGUGCCGGUGCAGAUAUUGAUUGCUUAUGCUUCAAAUUCAUCAACACCGUCAAGUCUACUAAGCUAACAAAUGUUCAGUAUCCCACGCUUCAUAGUGUGAUACCUAAUGUCGCUGUUGAGGAAAUCAAAUCCAUGACUUACCGAAAUAAUACCAGUCAAACUCAAGAAUAUACAUUAGAAACCUCCAAAACAAUCACCAAAAAGUCAUCCUGGUCUGUGGCCAACAAGAUGGAAACCUCCUUUAAAAUGGAAGUGAAAGCAGGAAUUCCAGAGGUCGUGGAAGUAACAGCUGGAUUCAGUCUCACAGUGGGAAGCGAGAGCUCAUAUGGUUUGGAGAACACUGAGGAGAGAUCUGAGCGGUUUUCUUUUCCUGUCAAAGUCCCUCCAGGGAAAACCGUGGAUGUGGACAUUACAAUCGGCCGGGCUACAGUUGAUCUCCCCUACAAUGGUACGGUCCAGAUUACCUGCUACAAUAACAGUGUGCUGGAGUUUAAAACCAGUGGAACCUACAAAGGGCUGAGUUACACUGAUGCAAAAAUGGUAGCGAAGGAAUCAGCAAAGAGCCUGUAAAUGCUGCAUCUACAGAAAGAGCUUGGUGCAGAAGCACAUCUUAUGAUUGCUAAAUGAUUUUUAAGGAACAUACU